AGUCCCAAUUAAAGCACUAAUUGAAUUUGAGCAUUUGUAGUUCAAAAUCACUUCAAACUCAGAAAUCGGAAAUUCAAUUCAAAACCAGCAAAGAUAAGAAGAAAGAUUCACAAAAAGUUCCUCUAAAACCAUAAACAUGGACGAGAUGUUGCAUAUUAUGCAUCAACUGCGGUGUUCCCGUUGCGAAAAUAACAACUUUUCCAUGCUGGCGGACAAAAUUAAGGAGGUGGAAGAGAUGUAUGAUUUCUUGGGAUGCUUGGAAUUGGGAGAGAGGAGUAGGCUAAAAUAUUUGAUCGCUGACCUUGUCGAGAUGGCUCAAGAUGUCGUCGACAUCGGAUAUGAAGGCAUUGACGAUGAUAGUUUCUAUUGCAAGUUGAAUCCCCUCCAAGAGCAGAUCAAGAUGACAAAAUCGCGCAUGAGAAGCUUUGGAACCGAAGAAAAAAACGUUGUUGUAGAAGAAGAUGUUGUGGUGGGGUUGGAGAAAGACGUGAAGCAAUUGGUCGAGAAAGCGAUUUUAAACAAGAAAAAGCGCUUUCAGACAUUGUCUAUCAAAGGCAUGAUUGGUAUCGGGAAGACUACUCUGGCCAGGCAAGUGUACAAGGCCGUGGAGGGCCAAUUCCAGCGUUGUGCAUGGGUAUGCCUUUCUAGUGAAAUGAGUAACAAAGAGAUAUUUAUUGAAUUGAUACAACAGAUGGUCAUUGGAUAUGAGGGGCUAAUUGAAAGAGAUUCGUCGUUGGAGGAAAUGGACAAUCGAAGUCUCCAACGGGUACUUAGACAGCACCUGCAAGGAAAGGCAUAUUUCAUAGUCCUCGACAGCGUGCAGGAAGAAAUGCAAUUGAAAUCCAUCUUGAAAGCUCUUCCGAAAGAAUGUAUAGUGUGGAAGCAGGUUGUUGUUCACAAGUUGCUAUGAGGCUAGAACAACAGACAUGUAUUAUACUCAUGAGAUGAAAGCUUUGGAUUCUGAUAAGAGCUGGCAAUUGUUUUUGAAAAAAAUUGAUAAAUUCACAAGUGUUGAGAACAAAUUCUCAAAGGAGUUGGAGAGAAAGGGCAAAGAGAUGCUGAAAAAAUGUGGAGGCUUGCCGUUAGCUAUAACAGAUGUUGCGAGGCAGAAAGCAAAACAAAGACUAUCAGGUAUUGAAUGGGAAGAACUUUUUGAUUCAGUUGAUUUACGUGAAACAUUGAAGUUAUUGGAACCGAUGUAUCAUAAAUUGGAUCAACUAGACAAGCCAUGUUUCUUGCACAUGUCCCUUUUUAAGGAAAAUGCAAUAAUGAGGGAAGAAAAGUUGGAACAGAUUUGUAUGGCAAGCGGAUUAGACCAUGCAAGAAUUUCUCUUAACAAUUUAGUUGGUCAAUCAAUUAUUGAUGUCGUGAAUGGAGGAAAAGUUUCAUCUCAAUCCUCUAUUGCACAUGCUAUCCAUCCAAAAAGCUGAAAGUGGAAUGGGCUUUGAGAUCUUUAGGAGCAAUGGGGAUAGCAGACCGUCUCAGAAUCCUCGUCAUCAUGUUAUCCAUUGUGGCAGAGAGGAGUUUAAACAUCCCACUAACCAAGACACCAAAAGUCUUGUUUCUCUCAUAUUCCAUGGAGGUGGUCGCUACCUGGACAAUGCUACUCCGUCUUAUUGGGAGAGUUUUGAACUGCUCAAGAUACUCGACAUGGAAGAUUUUGGGAUGAAGACUUUAUCAGAUACUAUCGGCAAAUUUGGUGAAUUAAGAUACUUGGGAUUGAGAAACAAUUACAUACAAGAGGUGCCACGGUCGUUGAAGGGAUUGAAAAAGCUUCAAGUUCUUGAUAUUUAUCUGAACUUUUUGGUCGAGAUGCCGAGUAUCGUAAGGAAAAUGGGAUGCCUUCGUAAUCUGUACAUGCGUGAUGCGAUUUUCCGGAAGCCUUUGAAGAUUGGCGCUUUACAUGAUCUUGAGAUCUUGACCUACAUCUCGAUUUAUGAUUGGGCAUGUAAGGCCUUGAGCUUGAAGUCCGAAAAUUGGGCAUUUGAAGAAGUUGAUGAAAACUCGGAUGUAGGCAAGCUCUUUGCAUCAGUAGCUAAGUUGGAGAGGCUUCGUCACCUUAUCUUGAGAGGGUUUUGUUUCAGAAGUAUGCCGUGUUUGGAUGAGAUUGGUGCUGUAAAUGGAAUCUGGGAACUCAGACUAAUUGGGCGCCUAGCUAGGCUACCAAGUGCCAAUAAUUCCCUUCAAGGUAUUUUUUACUUGACACUGGUAAAUACUUGCCUUGACGAAGACCCGAUGCCAUUACUAGAGAAACUGCCCAACCUAUAUGACCUCAAACUGCGAAAUGCAUACACUGGUAGAGAAAUGGUGAUCCAGUGCAACGGGUUUCCCUGCCUUCACAUCCUUUGCAUCAAUGAGUCGUGGAAUCUUAGAACAAUGCAAAUUGGAGAAGGCGCAAUUUCAAAGCUCACGCAACUAGAAAUCAAGAACUGUCCACAUCUGGAGACACUCCCGGAGGAGAUUGGAUCAAUGGAGAAUCUGAAGAAGUUUACGAUGGUAACAACAAAACAAAUUGCAACAAAGAUCAGAAACACGGGCCUAACAUCCAGAGUAUUGGAAGAGGAUUUAUAUCCAUGAUUUGAAGCUUAUGUAUUUUGUUUUGUUUGUUGCCUGUAUUAUAUACUCCUGUCGUCCCAAACAAGAUGACUCAUUCCUUGGGCGGCACAGAAUUUAUACAAUUUUAUUUUGUGUGUGAA